UUUCGAGCUCAAGCUUGAAGACGGCAGGGCUGGAAGGGACGUGAACCUCCGGGUCACCACCCAUUGGCUCCCGUACCUUGUAGCCCCACCCUCCCACUCUCCUUCCUUCCUGCUGCGCCACCCCAAUCCAAACGAUCCGUCUGCUUCAAGUCCAGUUCUAUUGAGUCGGGUCAACGAGGAAGGAGGCCCCAUCCCUGCAGAAGCAGCAAUUAGAGUUCACCCAGGAUGACAACUGUUAAUGAAGACAUGGAGACUCAGGAAGAGAAAUCUCAGCUGUCUGUACCUUCAACUUCCAUAUCCCUGACUGCUACUACCUCAGCUUACCAGUUAGUGUCUGAGCUGCCCACUGAGGAGAGCCAGAAGUUUGACCUUCUGUCAGCACAAGUUUGGUCUGAUGAAGAUAAUGAAGACAUACUGGAGACCCUAAGCAAAGAUGAGCCAAAGGAUGGAGCCCCCCAUGAACGACCAAUCUGGGCCAAUAAAACUGAGUACCUCCUGGCCCAGGUGGGCUUCUCUGUGGGGCUAAGCACCAUCUGGCGCUUUCCUUAUCUGUGUUUUCACAAUGGAGGUGGCAGUUUUAUCAUCAUCUACAUCCUGAUGAUGUUUUUGGUUGGGAUUCCUCUUCUCUUCCUGGAGAUGGCAGCUGGUCAGAGGAUGCGUCAGGGCAGCAUUGGUGUGUGGAAGGUCAUCAGCCCCUGGAUUGGUGGUGUAGGGUAUACAAGCUUCAUGGUGUGCGUCAUCGUGGGCUUGUACUACAGUGUGCUCAUGGCCUGGAAUCUCUUCUAUUUGGUUCAGUCUUUCCAGUCUCCACUACCGUGGUUAUUGUGCCCCCUAUCACAGAACUCCAGUACUGAUUCUGAAUGCUCACGGACCAACCCCACCACAUACUUCUGGUACCGGAAGGUAUUGAAGGCCACAGAUGAAAUCGAGGUAGAUGGGAAACCACUCUUACAUUUGAGUGCUUCUGUCCUUGUGAUCUGGUUAAUCAUCUGCAUCUCCAUGAUCAAAGGGCCAAAGUCCACUGGGAAGAUGCUGUAUAUCUCAGUACUCCUUCCCUACAUCAUCCUUUUCUCUCUUCUUAUCCGGAGUCUCAUGAUGAAAGGCGCAUAUUUUGGGCUCAAGAAUUUAUUGGCUGCCAAGGUACCAGCCCUGUAUUCUGUGGAAGUGUGGCGCCGAACAGGAAACCAGCUCUUUUUGUCCUUGGGCCCCGGCUUCGGCAGCUUCACAGCAAUCAGCUCGUACAUCCCUCGGUCCAAUAACUGUAUCAUUGAUGCCUAUGCUGUGGCUUUUCUCAACUUGCUUGCCUCACUGACUACCACAGUGUUUGUAUUUGCUGUAAUGGGCCACUUGGUCACAGAUAACACCGAAAAAUGUUACUUGAUGAAUGCCAAAAAAGUGAUGGAUCUGAUCAUUGCCCAGGUCCUGCCGCCUGAGGCCUACCCUCCAGACAGUCUGUACUAUGAUCCAAGCUCCAUCUUCCCCAAGUGGCUCAACAACCUCCCUGAACACAUCAAAAACAGAAUCCUACCCAAUUUGACUGAGUGUGACUUAUCUAAGGAAUUGAAUAAGGUUAUGAUCGGUCCAGGUGUGGUCAUUGUGACAUUUAGUGAUAUCAUCUCUUUGUUUUCUGGACCCACCUUCUGGUCCAUCAUUACCUUCCUGUUGCUGGUGAACCUGGGGCUGAGCACUGUGAUAGGAAUCAUACAAGGCAUCAUCACCCCUCUCCAGGAUACUUUCUCUUCCCUCAGGGAGCAUUCAAAGCUGCUCACAGUGGGUGUCUGUGUGCCUAUGUUCCUGGGCAGCCUCCUUUUUGUGAGGCCCUCAGGCAGCUACUAUGUGAACCUGCUGGAUGACUACUGGGUAUCUCUGCCCCUUUUCUUCAUUGUCAUCUUGGAGACCAUUGCCAUGGCCUGGAUCUAUGGGGCCAGGAGGUUCCUUACAGACCUGAGUAUCAUGAUGGGCCGCCCUAUCUCCCCCAUCUAUCGUUGGCUGUGGUGUUUUCUGUCUCCAUUUGUGCUGCUAGUCCUGUUUUUAAGCACCCUGAUUCACCUGUCUGUGAAGGAUAUCACCUACUUGGCAUGGGACUCAAGAAAUUCAAAUGAGGUGACCCGAAUUUAUCCAUCAUGGGCUAAAGCCUUGCUUAUAUUCCUCGUCAUCAUCACCGUCCUGCCUGUCCCUGUCUACUUCUUCUACACCGUCAUCAUUCGGGUGGUUUCUCCUGUCUCCAUGAUCCGCAAUACGGCCAUAAUAACCUUCCAACCUGAAGCUAAGGGGGACUCACCGAAGGUUGGUCCACGGCUUCAGGUGAGGCAAAAAAGACAAAAGAUUAUUAAAAUGGAUAAACCAAAAACAGAGGGAAAACUUUCUGCCCUGUGAAUAAUUCCUAUUGGAAAUAAAGACUUGGUUCAUUUGGCACAACAUCACUCCUUUAUCAAGGUGGAACUCUCUGGUUGGCAACUUGUAUUAGAAGAGGCAAAUGCAGAAAUUGCUAAUGUAACUGGACCCAAAUACCAGUUUUCCUGGACUGGCAAAGUUUUUCUGGCCUGAUAGGAAUUAACAUAGCAGUCAUUCCCUGUAUUUCCCACACUUUCCCUCAUCAGACCUGUAAUAAUGGUGUUCUUGACUUCCGGUAUUUGGUUAAUGGUAAAUGCUGAUACUACUUCUCCUGGGCUACUUUCCUCUUGGAAUUGGUCUGUGUAAGGUUCUGGUCCUUAUGAAAUCAGGGCAAAAAUAAUCCUGGUAAAUUAAUCAGUUCAGUGAAACUUUACUUUCGUCAUAAAGAAAAUCCCAGUUUCCAGUAUUGCCUCCCAUUGACUGUUAAAUUCAAAUGCUAGAACCCCAGGCCCUCUCUUCCUGUUUCUUCCUAUAAGUACACUAGACCAAACAGAGCAGAGUCGCUGAUUAUGGCAAAGCAGUUAACUAUCUGCUCAUUGGUGACCUUGUCAAUAUCUCUUAAAUACCAAGAGGCUUAAAACUUUU